UUAUAGGUAUAAUUAAAUUUAUAUAAAAAUGGAGAAAGAGAGGUUUACAAUGCUCCUCUUAGAACCAGGGGAGAUAUUUUUUGAAGAUUAUAGUGUCCAGAUGAAGGUACUUGAUAUUUCAAGUUCACAGGAUCAGUGGAUAGAUGGAAGAUUAAAAUUAUGUUCAAAAUCCUUAGUAUUUGUAAAUAAGGAUAUUAAUCAGCCCUUAAUUAAAAUUCAACUUAAAGAAACUAUAGCAGUUGAUCAAUGUAAAUCUAACACUGCCCUCGCAAAAUGUGGUAAUGUGUUAAUGAUUCAGUGUAAGCAGUAUGUUGAAAUGUUAGAGAAAAACAUACUUGCACCAUAUAAAUUUGUACAUGAAAAUGCUACUUUCUACUUUUAUUUUAAUUAUGCAAAAGUAGAUGAUUGUCUUCCACAAAUUUUACAACUACUCAGAGCAGCUACUUUGCCAACUGCUGAACAAAAUGCUAUGAUUAUGGCUAUUGUGCAUUCGCGACAAUCUAGAGUAUCGUUUGAUACAUCAUGGUUGGAAGAUUUAUAUGAACAAGUAGUGUUAGAGACUCAAGCGAAUAAAGUAUUACCUCUUGUUAUAAAUCCAGGAAGAAUACUUCUAACAACUUCAAGGAUUUAUUUUCAGCCUUAUAAUAAUCUGGAUCAGCACCCAGUUCUAAAGAUACAACUAAAGGAUAUUAUUAAUAUUAUUAAAAGAAGAUUUCUCUUAAGACAAGUUGGACUUGAAAUUAAAUGGUUACGACAUCCGGAAAAUAAAAUUGAACAUCUGUUUAUAUCAUUAAAAAAUCCAAAGGAUAGAGAUGAAUUGUAUACAAGUUUAUUAAAUCAGUCUGCAGUUUCUUUGGAAAGGGUUCCCCAGGAUCAAAUGACUAUGAGAUGGCAGAAUGGUUCUUUAUCAAAUUAUGAUUAUCUUUUAUACAUCAAUAGUUUGGCAGACAGAACAUUUCAUGAUUUGACUCAGUAUCCAGUAAUGCCUUGGGUAAUACAAGAUUACACAUCUUCCACAUUGGAUUUAAAUGAUUCUAGUAUUUACAGGGAUCUUUCAAAACCUAUUGGUGCCCUUGAGAAAAAUCGAUUAGAAAGGUUGAAGGAACGAUAUUUGGAAAUGUCAGAACCAAAAUUUUUGUAUGGUUCUCAUUACAGUGCGCCAGGAUUCGUAUUAUUUUAUUUAGUGCGAAAAUAUCCUCAGUAUAUGCUUUGUUUACAAAAUGGAAGAUUUGAUCAUCCAGAUAGGAUGUUUAAUAGUGUAGCUGACGUAUGGAAAAAUGUUUUGGUGAACAUGUCUGACUUUAAAGAACUGAUCCCGGAAUUUUAUGACACGAACAAUGGAGGAGAUUUUUUAGUAAAUAGUUACGGUAUCGAUUUCGGUUACCGACAUGAUGGUACAAAAAUAGGAGAUGUACAGUUACCACCAUGGGCAAAUGGGCCAGCUCAUUUUAUACAAGUAUUAAGAAAUGCUUUAGAGAGUGAUUAUGUUUCUCAAAAUCUUCAUCAUUGGAUUGACUUAAUUUUUGGAUACAAACAAAGAGGAGUUGAGGCAGAUAAAGCUGAUAAUGUAUUUUUUCAUUUGUGCUAUGAGGGAGCAGUAGAUUUAGAUACCAUUCGUGAUAUUAACGAUAGACACGGUUUAGAAAUACAGAUUAUGGAAUUUGGUCAAAUACCAAAACAAAUUUUUACUUUACCACAUCCUAAACGUUCUGUUUCAUUGCUGGAUAAAUUGUAUGUUGAAACUGCCUUAACUUCAGUUAAAAAUGAAACAGAAAAUGAUGAAAAUCAAACAAAGACGUUUGAAUUAUGUGAAUCAAUGGCCUUUCAAUCUCACAAAGACGGUGUGAGUAGCAUUGCAAUAAUAAUUAAGGAAGAGAUUGAUGAAGUAAUAUCUGUUGGACAAGAUGGAAUGCUUAAGUUAUACAGUAUAAAAAAUAAAAAAUUAAGGCGUAGCGUGUCUUUAUCACCAUUACCACUUUCUUCUUGCAUAUCAUAUUAUACAUCUUUUCAUCGCAAUAUAUUAGUUGCGGGUUCCUGGGACAAUUCACUAAUAUUUUAUGAUAUUGAAUUUGGACGAGUAAUAGACACAUUGCUAGGACACGAAGAUGCCAUUUCUUGUUUAGCAUUAAGUUCCUCGCGUCAAAUUAUUAUAUCCGGUUCAUGGGACUGUACGGCAAAACUUUGGCAGUGCUAUAUUUCGGGAACUAAAAUUAAACCAGCAGAAUGCCUUAUUGCACAAUUAGACCAUGAUUCUAAAGUAACUUGUAUUAAUGUUUCAAGAGAUGAAACAUUAUUAGUAUCUGGCACAGAAGACGGCGAAAUUUUUGUGUGGAAUAUGGAUACAUAUGACUUACAAUUCACUGUGAAAGCUCAUACAUGUAAAAUAAAUGCAAUGGUGUUUGAUCAAGAAGGGAGAAGUAUAAUAUCCUCUGCACAGGACAAAGUAUUGAACAUAAUUGAUGUCUUUACGAGUACUCAGAUUUAUCGUACAACCUUAGAAUACGAACCUCUAACGUUAUCAUGGUUUGAAACCUUUUUAUUGAUAGGAGAUAGCAAUGGAAAUAUUAAUGUAUGGAAUCGUCAAGGUGGAACUUUUAUAACAAAAAUACAUUGUCAUGAUGGACCAGUUAAUGCGUUAUCAGUAUCGGCAGAAAAUAAUAUAAUUUUAACCGGUGGAAAAGAUAAAAAGAUAAUUAUAUGGAACUGUAAAUAGUUAUAAUUCUUCUUGUGAUAUGUACUUAUGAGUCAAGGAUUUGUUUGAUUAUAAGUUACAACAGUUGUACCGUAUUCGAUUAAAAUUGUUACAAUAUUCAUUAAUAGUCUAUGUUCCAAAGUUUAUAAUAUUUUAAUAUAUUUUAUGUUGUACCACUGUACAUUUCUAACAAUUUAUAAAACAUCAUAAAUAUAAACAUGUUACGUUUAAAA